AUGUCAACCAAAGUUCUUGUGUUCGGUGCGGGCGGUGUUGGCUGCAUCUAUGCGGCUAUCCUAGAGAGAGGCGGCGCCACGGUGACCUGUGUCUGCCGGACAAACUACGAGGCUGUCAAAGCGAAUGGAAUCCUCAUCAGAUCCGCCAAAUGGGGACAUAUGCGUGCAAGACCGAAUACCGUGAAGACUACGCAGGAAGCCACAGCGUAUGGACCCUAUGACUACGUGCUUGUCAGUUCGAAAGCCUUUCCUGGGACAGCUGGACUCAUCCAGGAUGCUGUGACACCUGGAAUGACAGCGAUAGUCCUGGCUCAGAACGGGAUCGCAAUUGAAGAAGACUAUGCGGCAUUAUACCCAGACAACACCAUAACCUCAGGUGUAGUCUAUCUGCCAACAACGCAGGUCCAACCAGGCAUAGUGGAGCACGGCACACCACUCCAGAGAUUCGAGAUCGGAACCUUCCCGACAAAGGCAUCAGCGGAGGCCAAAACACAAACACAACGGCUGUCCGAGCUGUUCACCGCAGGAGGCGCAGAUGCUCCGAUUUACGAAGAUAUCCAGCUGCGAAGAUGGAACAAGCUUUCCGUCAAUGCUUGCAUGAACCCCAUCGCGGCGCUCACGCUAUGUGAUGAUGCAAAUUAUCUACGUUCAUCGAAAUAUGCUUUGGACAUGGCGAAAGACGUCAUGAGAGAGAUAGGCGUGCUGGCUACAGCAGUAGGCUACCCGGAUGCUGUCACUGAAGCCGAGAUCGAACACCACAUGGAGCGGUUCAUCGAGAGGUUGACAAGCGGUGGCAAGGAGAUGAGUAUGUUGGUCGAUAUCCGCAACGAUCGGCCGAUCGAGGUUGAAGCCAUACUCGGCAAUGCAAUUCGAAAGGCAGAGGAAUUGCAAGUUCUGGUUCCUUACCUGAAGAUGCUCUACGUCUUGGCCAAAGCGAGAGAUUUCGCGACGUUGAAAAAUGACGGCUGGAAGCCAAUCAGGACGAUAGACUGA